CUUACUUUCACAGUAACCAAACAACCAGGCAAGGACAACAACAACAAACUACAAGUAAAGCAAAAGCAAAAGAAAGCAGCACUUGAAUCCUUCUCUUCUGUCUCUGCCGACUGCCCCUCAUUUCUACCCGUUCCCUUCUCUACUCUGUUUCCUCUGCCUCUCUGUUUUUUUCCCCACUCCCACCAACCGAGGAAAAAUCAAAAAAGAAGGAAGCUUUUUCUCACUGCUGAGCUCCCCGGCCGCCGGCGCCGGAGAUGGGUAUUCUCCACGACGACGUCGUAAUCAUCAGCCAGCCGGAGAAACCAGACGACCCCACCGUCAUCACGGUCAACUGCCCGGACAAGACCGGGCUGGGCUGCGACCUCUGCCGCAUCAUUCUCUUCUUCGGCCUUAACAUUGUCCGAGGAGAUGUGUCGACGGAUGGGAAGUGGUGCUACAUAGUGUUUUGGGUGGUGGGAGAGAAAUCGGCGGUUAGAUGGUCGUUGUUGAAGAAGAGAUUAAUCGGAGCUUGCCCUUGUUGUUCUUCUGCUUCCGGGAUUUCAUAUUACCGCGCUGAACUACAGCGCCCGCCCAAGCCGCCGGACGUGUUUCUCCUCAAGCUCUGCUGCUUUGACCGUGCAGGGCUUCUACACGAUGUGACAGGGGUUCUCUGUGAGCUUGAGCUCACCAUAAAGAAGGUGAAGGUCUCAACUACACCUGAUGGCAAAGUGAUGGACUUGUUCUUCAUUACCGACACCAGGGAGCUUCUACACACUAGCAAGAGAAGGGAGGAUACAUCUGAUUGUCUCAAAGCUGCAAUUGGGGAAGCUAUGAUAAGCUGCGACAUCGAAAUUGUCGGUCCAGAAAUCACUGCAUGUUCUCAGGAGUGUUCAUUCCUUCCAAACUCCAUAACAGAUGGUCUCCUAAUAGCAGAUGAUGAUGAUGAAGUUCCUAGUUCACUGACUUCAACUCCGGUUUCUGUCACCAUGGACAACUCGCUGAGUCCGGGUCACACACUGGUACAAAUCAUGUGCAAAGAUCACAAGGGCCUUCUAUAUGACAUCAUGAGAACUCUCAAAGAUUACAGCAUCCAGAUUUCGUAUGGGAGGUUCACCACGAAGCAAGGAAGGAACAACUGCGAGAUAGACCUAUUCAUCGUGCAUUCCGAUGGCAAGAAGAUGGUCGAUCCAAGCAAGCAGAAGGCGCUGGCCUCUCGUCUGGAGUCAGAGCUACGUCGCCCUCUCAGAGUAGCUCUCGUCAGUCGAGGUCCUGAUGCCGAGCUGAUAGUUGCAAACCCAGUCGAGCUAUCUGGCAAAGGCCGGCCUCUCGUGUUCUAUGACAUCACCAAGGCUCUCAAGCAGCUCAGCACAUGCAUCUUUUCGGCCGAGAUCAGGAGGCGAAUGAUUGGAGACCGCGAGUUCGAGGUGUACAGAGUGCUGCUGGACGAAGGGGAAGGAUUGCUGGUUCCGAGAAGCAGAAUUGAGGAGGGAGUUUGGAAGAUGCUGAUGGGUUGGGAGUGAGUGAGAACUGAAGCUUGACUGUUCAAAUGAUUCAUACUCUUAACAUGGCCGCCGGCUGCUGGCCGCCACGUGUCUUUGAUGGGUUGGUGGGUUGUGGCAAAAUGUAGAUAUGAUGUGUAAAGUAACUAGGAGUAUAUAUAUGUGCAGCAGGAAGUUGUGUAAUGUUGGGGCUUUUUGCAUUCACAGAAGCAAUAUCCAAUUGUAAUUAAAUCUCCUUUAAUGUAUCUCUCUGUCUCUGCUCAUCAAGUUGCUUAGCUGGAGUUCCUAUAGGGAAGAGCUUAGUUUCAGUGUGAACUUUGACAUGACAACACUAGAUGGAUAAAACAUCCUCUUUAUCGUCGUGAUGUCGAUAAUGUAUUGUACCAACCGAUC